AUGGCUUUGAACUUUCAUAUGCAAGGUUUCAGUGGUUAUGGAGUCCAGUACUCGCCAUUUUUUGAUAACCGUUUGGCAGUUGCAUCAGGUUCCAAUUUUGGAUUGGUUGGAAAUGGUAAUCUAUUUAUCUUGGACAUUGAUCCACAAGGAAGAAUACAUAGUAUGAAUUCAUUUAUGACGCAAGAUUGUCUGUAUGAUGUUGCUUGGAAUGAACUUCAUGAAAAUCAGGUAUUAGUGGCCCAGGGAGACGGUUCGUUACGUUUAUUUGACACCUCCUUACAGAAAUUUCCAAUUGCUAUCUUUAAAGAGCAUAGCAAAGAAGUAUUAAGUUGUAAUUGGAACCUGAUAAAUAAACAAACAUUUGUCAGUAGCUCAUGGGAUGGUACUGUUAAAAUUUGGACGCCAAACAGGAAGGAAAGUUUAAGGACCUUACAAGUUCAACCGGUAAUGCAAUCGCAGUUGGUGGAUAACACUAUAGCCAAGACUAAUGGCUCCAGAGGUACAAUAUCUGCUAAUAAAAAUUGCAUAUACCAAGCCCAAUUUUCACCUCAUGAUGAAAACCUUGUUAUGUGUUGUUCAGGAAACUCUUACGUGACUUUAUUUGACUUGAGACAACCAAAUAGCAAUAACAAGCAACAAAGGUUUUUGGCACAUAAUGGAUCUGAAACUCUAACUUGUGAUUUUAAUAAAUAUCGUCCUACUGUUGUAGCUACAAGUGGUGUUGACAGUUCGAUAAGAAUUUGGGAUAUCAGGAUGUUAGUUAAUCUAGGGCCUCAAUCGCAGCAUAUAAAUAGCUCAGCUGCAUGCAUCAAUGAAAUAACCAGGGCACAUGAAUUAGCAGUCAGGAAAGUUGCAUGGUCACCACAUCAUCCAAAUGUGUUGCUAUCUGCAUCCUAUGAUAUGACAUGUUCAGUUUGGCAAGAUUUAAGUUAUGAUGGUUCCAGAUUUACUAUGAAGACUAACAGUAUAGAUUCCUCUAAGGGCUUUAUCAAAAGGUUCACCGGUCAUUCUGAAUUUGUAUUUGGUGCAGACUGGAGUUUAUGGGGUCAACCCGGGUUCAUUGCAACUACUGGAUGGGAUGGGAACGUAUUCCUAUGGAACGGUCUCCAACGGUAA